AUGUACAGAAUAGCGGGUCGAAAGGAACUCAUCAAAUCAGAGGCCGAACGAGGCCGGCCUUUUGUUCAUGUGGUCUACACCUCAUUUCUCCCUUGGGCAGGCCAAGUUGCACGUGCCCUUAACGUGCCAUCCACUUUCUUUUGGAUUCAACCAGCCACCAUCCUGGAUGUAUACUUCUAUUACUUCAAUGGUUAUCGGGAUGCCAUUCGGAGCAAUACGAAUAACCCCACAUCGGCAGUUGAUUUACCGGGACUGCCAUUGCUCACUGGCAAUGACCUUCCCUCCAUUCUGCUUGAUUCAAGCGCUUUCGAUUGGGGGGCUCUUCCAUUACUGGAAGAGCACGUAGGUAUACUCAAUGGGGAAACAAAUCCGAAAGUACUUGUGAACACCUUUGAUGCUUUGGAGUCAUGGGCCCUGAGAGCAAUCGAGAAGCUAAACUUGGUUGCUGUUGGGCCAUUGCUCCCAUCGGCUUUCUUGGAUGAAAGGAUCCCGUUUGGAAGCAUUUCAGCUGUAGGGAAGCAACAAAUGGAGGAGAUAGCACACGGGUUGCUUGAAUGUGGAAGGCCGUUUUUGUGGGUAGUGAGAGCAUCAGAUGAGGGAAGCUAA